UGCAGACCCGGCUGGCGCAGCGGCCACUCCGCAGAGAUGUCCCGGCCGGUGCCAUCGCCCGGCUGCGCUGCCGCCUGUGUCACCCUCCUGCUCAGCUGCGCCUGGCUCGGCUCUGCCACACAACCCUCCCCGAUGCCUGUCAAAGGGCGAUCCUUCAUCCCCCUCACGCCCCGAGAGAAAAACCUGUGCCCCGGCGCCUCCGAGGAAGCUUUUCUCAGCAGCACCCUCAGCACCCUCCUCCUCCCCGCCCUCUACUCCGUGGUCCUGCUCGUGGGGCUGCCAGCCAACGCUCUGGCCUGCUGGGUCCUGGCCACCAACUUCAGGAGGUGUUCCAGCACCCUCUUCCUGCUCAACCUGGCUGGUGCUGACCUGCUCUUUGUCCUCCUGCUGCCCUUCAAGAUCUCCUACCACCUCUUGGGCAACCACUGGUUCUUUGGGGACUACUUGUGCCGCACCAUGGUGGCCUUCUUCUAUGGGAACAUGUACAGCUCCAUCCUCUUCCUCACCUGCAUCGGCCUGGAGCGCUACAUCUCCGUGGCACACCCGUUCCUGUGGAAGGGCUCCAGCUGGAUCAGGGGCAAGGUGGGCAUCUGUGUGGGCAUCUGGCUGGUGGUGGGGGCUGGCAUGAGCCCUCUGCUUUUGCACUCCCAGACACAAGAUAUCUCGAGCCUGAACAUCACAACAUGCCACGAUGUCCUAGAAAAGGGAACACACAUGUUCUUCCGCUACUAUUUCCUCUCCCUGGUGGGGCUGGGCUUUGGUUUGCCCUUCGUGCUCAUGACCAUCUCCUACAGCUGCAUCCUGGCACGGCUGCUGGCCAAGGGAAGGUGCUAUGGGCAGGUGGUGCGUGUCCUGGCCCUGGUCCUCCUGGUCUUCAUCCUCUGCUUCACCCCCAGCAACGUGCUGCUCUUCAUCCACUACGUACUGGAGCCCACGGGGUGCCACAACAUCACCUACUUCUGGUAUGCCCUGGCCCUGGUGCUCAGUGCCUUCAACAACUGCUUUGAUCCCUUCAUCUACUUCUACAUCUCCCAGGAUUUUCGGGGCUGGGUCCAGGAUGCCAGAGGUCGCUGCCUGCGGGGGCUGGAGUCCUCGAUGGGGAGGUCCACGGAGAAGACAGCCUUGCCCCUGAGGUCCAGUGAGCAGAGCCAGGGGUGCCAGGCUGUGUCCUCCUGCCCAGCGAGGAGGGAUCCUGCAGUGUGGAGCCCAACACGAAGGGCUGGCAAUAGACUUGGGCAGAAAAUCCCGCCUGGAUCUGAGGUUCACUAUGACUUUGCCCCAGUUUUGCAGUUCCUCCGAUGGAACAGGUAUAAACCCCCUCCCUGA